AUGAAACGCUUGAUUUUUGCCGUUUUUCUACAAUUUUGCGCCGAAUCCCUUCAAUUUCAAUGCUUCGUGUGCACAAACUCAAAUAUUGAGAAUCAUUAUGGAAGUUUCUUCGAAAACCCGCGCGAAGUUCAAACCAAUUAUAAUGGAAAAGUCAAAAAUUGCGCGAGUUCGUUUCCAGUGGCAACUCAAAAUUGCGACACACCAUGCUUCUCGUUGAACACAUUCGCACAGAAUUAUUCAAUGAACUUUGGAUCCGCUGUCGGCUGCUCAACCGAUCUUCUCCACGACGAUUUGAUGCUGGAAUCUGACGGAUGCAUCGAGAAGCGUGUCGCGAUUCGAACAUUCCCAGUGUACACGAUUCUGGCGAAAUAUUGCCUCUGUUCAAGUGACGCCUGCAACACGCCAACGCUUCAAACGCGAGCAGUUUCAUCGAAAACCAGCCAGCCAAUGGGCAGUCGAAGCAGCGUCUAUAAAUCGUUCACAAAUUCGAUGUCUCGUUUGUCGGCAAUCUGCUCAAUCAUUUACAGUUGCCUCCUACUCUAUAAAUAA